AUGGGGGAGCAGCAGAGCUCGCUGAGCGCCCCGCGGGCGGCCGCCGCGCCGCCGAGCCCGGCCGGGGACCCGCGGGAGCCCGGCCCGGACGAGCCGCCUUCGCCGCGAGAGGCGGUUCCGGGCGGCGUGGCGGCCGGGCCGGGGCGAGGCGGGGAGCUGCCGCCGGCCGCCGCCGGCCCCGAGCGGCGAGGGGCCGAAGAGGAGGCGGAGGCGGCGGCCGGGCCGGAGCAGCCGCCGGGCUCGGGGGAGCCGCCGGCCCCGGCGGAGGAGGGGCCGGAGGGAGGCAGCGGCCGCCGACGCCCCCCAAGGCGGCACGUGUACUGCACCGUCUAUUGCGUGGAGAACGACCGGCCGGCCGCGGCCCCCGGCUCCCCCCGCGGCGGCCAGGGCGCGGGGCAGCCCCCGGCGCGGCGCGGAGUGGUGCCGGGCGACGACCCGCUGUCCUCCGGCGGCAGCAUCGAGGUGGUGGACUUGUACCUGCUGCCCGAGCCCUUCUCCGGGUUGAUCGCGGGCGAGUUCGGGCCGCUGCUGGUGCUGAGCUGCCGCGUGUGCCUGGAGGAGAAGCCCAUCAAGCCCCUGUCCUGCUGCAAGAAGGCGGUGUGCGAGGAGUGCCUCCGGCGGUACCUCAGCUCCCAGGUGCAGCUGGGACAAGCAGAUAUAAAAUGCCCCAUCACAGAGUGCAGCGAACACCUGGAUGAAACAACUGUCCUCUAUAACCUGCCCCAUGAUGACAUCAUCAAGUAUAAAUACUUCCUGGAACUCAGCCGCAUUGACUCCAGCACCAAGCCAUGCCCUCAGUGCAAGCACUUUACAACCUUCCGGAGGAGAGGCCACAUUCCUACCCCUGCCAAAUUGGAGAACAAAUACAAAAUCCAGUGUCCAUCUUGCCAAUUUGUCUGGUGUUUCAAGUGCCACUCUCCCUGGCAUGAAGGCGUUAACUGCAAAGAAUACAAGAAGGGAGACAAGCUGUUACGUCACUGGGCCAACGAAAUCGAACACGGGCAGAGGAAUGCCCAGAAGUGUCCAAAAUGCAAGAUCCACAUCCAGAGAACCGAAGGGUGUGACCACAUGACCUGUUCACAGUGUAACACUAAUUUCUGUUACCGUUGUGGGGAGAGAUACCGCCAGCUCCGCUUCUUUGGAGAUCACACGUCAAACCUCAGUAUCUUUGGAUGCAAAUACCGCUACCUCCCCGAGAGACCACAUUUAAGGAGAUUAGUGCGAGGCUCUGUCUGUGGUGAGUGGAUUAAUGCUCCUUGUGGAGAGCUGCACAGUGAAGUGAUUAAGUGUUCUGGAAAACUACUCAUUACACCCCUAAUACUGGUUCUGGGACUGGCACUGGGAGCCGUAGCUGUUGUAAUAGGUUUAUUUGUGUUUCCUAUCUAUUGCCUUUGUAAAAAGCAGAGGAAAAGGUCACGGACAGGUAUGCCCUGGUGAGGAUGGACAUUACUCGCCUGAACUGAGCUGGUCCUGCAAGGGCUAUCCGUGUUUUGUGCAACAGAGCAAUACAGUACUGGUUACAGCAUCAAAGCCACCGCCCUGGAAGAAGAAUGGGGGCUCUCCUGCCAUCUCAGCCGAAAACACUACUGCAGACCAGAAAGCCUCUUUGCUCUGGUGCACUCUCAAGAUGGGCCCCCUGACUGCUGCUUUUUAAAUGUUUUUGGUUUUGGGGUUUUUUUUAGUUAUUACUUUGGAGGGGUUUUUUUGAGUCUAAGUUUCUGAACCAGACAAUCCAAGUCUGUAUUGUAGCCACAACUCUUACUACCGAUUUGGCCUGUGAAGAAAGCAUUUAACUGCUAACAUGUGCUCGUUUAACUUCAGUGUCAGCCUUUAAGGUGGAAAUGCUUAGAAGUGUUCGGACUCUUACUGUAUACUGAGCAUACUACUUUUGGUAUUAAAAACUACUUCUGUAAAUAACUUCCAUCACACAGCAUUCUGUUCAGCAUACUGAAACCCCAUCACAUGCCAGAGCACGACAGCUGGUUAUCUUCUGAGUCCUCCUGCUAGUGGAGUGCACAUUGCCACCGCCAAACUGCAGUGCCUCAGAGGGAAAUACCCUUAGUACUGAAGCGCCGUGAUACUUAAGAAUAUGGUGAUUGGUUUCACUUCAGUAAUUUAUUCAUGACAACUUACUAAUACUAAUGGGGGGGUGUGACAAGAUGUUACAACAGGACAACAGAAUUCUCACAGUACAGAAGAAAUUUGAAGGGUUUAGAUAACAAGACGUGUCAGUGGCCUAAUCUGUCCCAAGAUAUUCCUGAAGUGUGUUCGCAGGGAAGCUGGAAACCUGCUCUUUUAUUCUGACUUGGAAUAUGAUAUACAUGCUACACAUUACCUGUGUGAGGAUUGACUUGAUGAAAUUUUAUAACCUAAAUAGCACAUUUUGUGUGUUCCCUUGAGUAGGCAACUACUGCAUAAGUCUUGGAGUAUCCACUGAUGUCUCAUGAGGAAAAUCUGUGAAUCCAGGGUAAGGGAAGCAAUCAUAAAUUCUUAGGAGACCACUUGAUUCUUAGUUUCUGCUUCCAGUGUUUCUCUUCCUGGCGCGUGAAAGUUCUGAAGAGAAUAGCUAUCUUUAUUCUUAUUUUCUUAACUUCCGCUGUUUGCUACCAAACCUCUUUCUCAGUGCAUCACGACAAAUGUAAUCAGCAUAAGGAAUCAGUUACUGAGAAUUUUUACACUUUUAAUUUUAAUCCAAAUUUAUCCUACAAAUAUAACUUAAAAGAAAAUGCUAGAAUAAUUUUGUUCAGACAAAACAGUGAAACAAUAAAGAAAGGAACCGAAUAAGAAAAAUACAAGCUAAUCUUAAAGAAGAUUGCAUUUGUACUGUGAAGGUACUUCUUUUCAGUGUGUAUGUUUGAAGAUACAUAUGUAUUUAUAUAUAUGUUUGUGUAUAUAUAUGGGGAAAGGGGAAGCAGGAAAAUGGGAAAUGCCCUUAAGAGUCUACUGACUUCAAAAUUUAGGCUUGCAAAUAAUGUAUCAUUUAAGAGGAUCUACUUUGUACCACUUUCUUUGAAAAUUGUUGUUAAAUCUGAAUCCGUUUGUAAUUUUCAAGCAAAUAGUGUUCUGCCCCACCAACAUAAUACUGUUAUAAGAUACUUUGACUUUGGAGCCUCAGUGGAAGAAGCUGCUGACUUUUGUUAACCUGGAAACACAUAUAUCAGCUUACCAUAGGUGGCUAGUAUGCUUGCUUUCUGUCAGCUUCUGGUUUUGUUUCCUUGCAGUUUUUUUCUUUAAGCACACCAUAAUAGUAAAUAACUAUUUAAUAAUAUUCAUUUGAAUUUAAGGGCAUGUUGACCCUGUUAUCCUAACAGUAGAAAUAGUACUUUUCAGAGAUUUGCAAAUUAGGAAGGGAAGCAAUGGCAUUUAGAAAUAAAAUCAAAGCCUAUUGUCAAUGCAAGUUCACCUGUUAUUUAGACUUACUUCAUUCUGAGACACAUCAGUUUUCUGUUUGUGUUCUAUCUGAAUUUGGAAGCUGCCUUAAAAUUGGUCUUGGUUUUGAGUGUGUUUUCUGAGGCUAUACAUAUCAGUUAUCUUUGGCUUACUCAGGGAUUUUUAUUCCUCUCUUUAAAUGUCAAAUAAUGAAGAUAUUUUUGUAUUAUUUAGAAAAACCUUCAGACCUCAGAGGGCGAGAUAUAUAUAUAUAGAUAGAUUUGGGUUUGCAAUGCAGUCUAUAACUUGGUGUCAAAUUAUUCCACUUGAGACUAUUUUAAUACUUGAGAUUAUCUGUAAUUAACUACACGGUGGAUUAAUUUCCUUUCUUUUCCUGGUUCUGUAUAAAUGUGUAAGAUAUUCUUACAGUCUUUGUAGCUGUUUUCACUCUGCCCUGUUAGCCAUUUUCAGUUUUUAACUAGAGUUCACUAAGAUCUGAAACUAAGAUUCUAGAAUAAAGAACAUAAAAGGGAAGAUAAUAGAUCUGCACUUACUUCUAUUCAGAAAGUAUGUCCUUGUGGGUGGAGAAAAUGAACAUACUACUCAGCUCCUACAUUAUCAUUUCAUCUAGGCCAUUUUGUUUUUAUCAGAACGGAUUAAAUCAAAGGGAAAUGGUCCUUCAUUUUCUAUACAGAGCAGAAAGAGACAUAUUUGACCUUGUAAAGAUGAGUGAGUCUGAUUGUGCUUUUUCUGUAGCGGGGGGGGAAAGGAAUUGCAAUAAUUUUUGCUUUUCUAUACAGGAUAAAUGUUCAAGAACCAGGCAGAACAGGGUUAUGGAAGUCUUUUUCUAUCUGUAUAAAAAUAUUCCCACUUGAAAAGUACAUAAAUACAAUUUUUAUCAAUAUUAUAUAACAUAACCCACUAAAGCGUGAGAAGUAGCUCAGUACAAAGCUUCAUUUGGGUAAACAUUAGCUUUUAAGCAACUCAUCACAGCAAACCUUAUAUACAUUAAAGCCACAUCAUUUAUUUUAAAAGCAUUAAUUUAUUCAUUUGAAAGAAACUGAACUUUAUAAGGAAAUUAUGUAAGUGUAUUGUGUUUUUUGUAACUACUCUAAAGAAACCAUCAGGCUGUUUUCCAUCUUUAUUAGCAGAAAACUUCAUCAGGCAGCUAUAUUUACCUGCUAAGGCAGAUUUCACACUACUGUAUGCUGAUUAUCCCUGGUCAUUUUGUUUGCUUUCACGACUGUUAAUAUUUAAGAUUAUUUAUCUUUGUGCAGAGUUGUUGCUCAUCAGUACUUGUGUUCAGACUAGGAAAUGCUUCAGUCUGUUCUACACUAACCUUCUGUUUCAAGCUCGCCCGGGCCUGGAUGUGCCUGUGCGCUCAGUCCUGUGUGCAGUCAGAGCUGGGGCUCUCCCCAUGGUGCUGUGGCUGUGUGUGCCCCAUCCUGCUCCUGCUGGGAGGGCUGGCUGGACACACCACCCUGCAGGGGCUGCUCUCCCUUUCUCCACUAUGCGGAAUUUAGUUGUAUUUCAUUAAUGGGGUCAAGUACAGGGGCUACUCAGCCAUUUCAGCAGCAGGAUUUUCUGUUCUGUGUAAUCUCAGAGCAUAGUUAGGUUUAUGUACAGAGUUUAUCCAGGAGCUUGUGACUGGAAAAUAAUUGUGCUUGUCCUUAAUGUCAGUCUGUUAGCCAGUGAGUCUAAUAGGCUGAGUAGGAAUACAAGCAAGAGGCAGAAAAGCAAUUCUCAGUAGCUUUGUUCUGAGCUGACCCAUCAGGCUUAGUUCUGUACAAAAAAAAGUCAGUGAGUCUUCAGUUCUCACCACCUCUAUAAUAAACAGCAUAUUCCUGCCUGUUCAGUGUCAUUAAAGUACAGUGCACUUUGAGUGAUCUAUUAUCUUCCUUUGAGGCGGUGCAAAUGCGUAAGCGAAGAAUUUGUGUUUGGUUUUGAUGCUCCUAAUGCUGACUUCAUAACUCUUCCUGGUGUGUUAAGGGGUUUUGUAAUUUAUACCUAUUUAUUCAUUAUAAAAGUUUUACUUUAUUAAAAAUAUUAAUUGGCAGGGACUACUGCCAGUUUUAACUAGAAAGCAUUUUGGAUCACCAUCAGGUAUUCUUUUUAGCCAUGAGGCUUUUUGCUCUUCCAAAGACUCACAGUUUGUGUGAUGUUAAAUGGUGUGUAGGUGGGGCAGUAAUUCUCCCAGUGACUACAAAUUCUCCAGUGAUGGAAUGGUUUCUUAUGCCAGUUAGAUUUGAGAAACUGUUUAAUAUUCAAUGGCCAAAUAUUUUGCCAUGCAGAUUCUUGGUUGGUUUGUUAAAUCUUUUAAAUUUAGUUGUGUUAUUUCAUUUCUUGAGCAAACCUUACAUCAUAAUUUUGGGUAUGCUAAUUGUGCAGGUUCAAGUUGUGGAUAAGAACCACAGGUUGCUGUUACUGUUAUAAUCUAUAUUAGAUAUCUACUGAUGGAAAGAAUCCUACAUGAGGAAACUAUUAGAUAACUUUCUUUUAAUUUUUAAGCCUUAUAGUUGCAGUGAGUCAGCUUCAUUCCUGACAUCAGUCACAGCCCCAUUAAACCAGAGAAUGCUAUUUUUAUGCCAGUGUGGAAUUUGGUCACAAAUACUUUUACAAAAACAUCUGGAAGCAUGUUGAUAGCCAUGGUUCACUUCUUAAGAAAUGCAAACUACUACGGAGCCGCUCCUCUCAUUUGCAGAAUUAUGCCAAUGUGUUUAGUAAGUGCAGGAGAAGGAAGGAGUUGGGAAGAAUUUCCAAACAACAUUCUCAUUAGAGCAGAUUGUCAGGAGACUGCAUACUAGCUUUUAAUAUAAUAAAGAAACCUUCAUGCUUUGAGACACUAAUAAAAUUAGAAACAACACCCCAAAACAGUGUUAAAUAACAUUUCUUCAAAUUCUGCUUUCUUCAAUGUAACAAAUAGCAGCACACUGUAAGAAAUGGAAUUGCAGCUGUUCAAUAUUUCUAGGGCUUAACACGUAAUCUUCAGGACACACAACAUGUAAAAAGUUAUGUUGCUGAUCUGUUUGGUAGUUUAUUGUGCUACUGUUACAUGAAAAACCAGCUGAGCCUUGAUUCGAUUGAAGGACAAAUGCUGUUUUCACUGGUGUUACAGCUUGAACAGUACUUAACAUCCCAAAACAUUUUUUUAAUAAAACUAACAAAUGCAGUUGCUUGCAGACUGAACUUCCUCGCUGAUUCUUCCUUACCUGUCUGUGCAUAAGAGUUCAGGAGCCAUAUGUUCUCUCUGCAUUAAGGAACAGACUGAAAAUAUUAGGCAGUUAGUCACUGAUGCUUCUCUUCUCUUGGCCUAAUAGUGAAAUUCCAUAAGGUAGGGAAAUGAAAAUUGAUCUUAGAGUGCAUGCUCUGAUUUCAAGAUUAAAAAUGUGUAAUAAGUUUUAAUUAUUCCAUAGCAAAAAAUAAAUGCAUACAUUUUGAAACAUAAUUCCAGCUGUUUAUUUAUAAAUCUGUCUGUAUAACACAAUAAUUAUAGUAGUGAUGCAUUUAUUAAAAUAUGCAUAUUGUGCAAAAGAAAACAUUUUUUGGUGCUUAUUCGGCUUAUCAACACAUGAAAAAUUAAUCUACAGGAUUUUGGAUGGAUUAAAGUCAGAAGAGAAGCUUACUGUGUAAAAAUAUUUGUUUAGCAUAAAUGUGAAUUUUGCACAUAUCUUCAAUAUAGUUGCAUGCCAACCCCAUUCAGUGUUCACCUUGUUGAAAAAUUGUCAGAAUACUGAAAACAGUAUUUUUUAAAUUUUUAACUGUCACAGAGCAUGAUGUUACUAACACAAUGCCACAUUUACCUCAUUUUUAGAAGGAGUUACACAGAAUCCAGAGAAACUGUUCAGGAGUUUUAAACUUGUUCUGUAAAACUAUGAUGCAGUCAGAAAACAUCUUCAUGCCUUAUGCAAGCUCUGGAUGAGCAGAUGGAUUCAGUCUUUUGUCAUCAACUGUUUUUGCAUAAAAAAAUGGACUCUUAAGAGAUUUUCAUAUCAAUUUGCAUCCUGCUGCUUUGUGUCCAGAAACUGCAAGGACAGGGAGAGAUUUACAUUUCACUGUUUACCAUCUCAUAAUAAAAUGUUUACCAUGUUUCCAUUCUUAGUACACUUUGUAUGCUUUCCUUCUUCUAAAUUUCAUAAUUUGAAGCUGACUCGUGAAAAUGGCUGAAGAUCAAAUAGGACCUGUAAAAUGUGAUCUCAUAAGAAGUUGCUUUGUUAAUGCUUUGCUGAGCUAUAAGCAAAAGAUUAAUUUUGUUGUAUUUACUUAAAAGUAAGAUGUUGAAAUCUAUUUUUCUUUAGGGCUUUUAAUUUUGCAUUUUUAAAAAUGUACUUAAACGGCACUGUCAUCUUUGUUACAUAACUAACCAUCUAAGUACAAAAUAACAUUUUUGAGUGUUUGUUAAUUCUUGUUAAUAUGGUAGAGAUGAAUUUAAUUCCAUGACAAUUCAAUGAGAAAUCUUCCCUUGUCCUCAUCUCUUGUGUAUUUUAGGGUGAAGGGUUCCCUUUAAAAUAGAUUUAAUUUGAAUGGCAAGGGGUGAGGGUAGUGAGAUAAUAGAUCACAUCAUUUUAGUGUACAGGGUUCUGGCACAACUAGGGCGCUGGCCAAACACUGUGGAUUCAUCAAGAAAGAAAUUUCUAAUUCUGCAUUUGGGCAACAUACAAGCUAGAUGCAUCAGUGGUUGGAAGUUUUUGUAGUAUAUCUAUGGGAUGACUAAGAACUUAAAAAAUUGGAGUAAGGCAAUGCCUGUGAAAUCAACACUUGAAUUCCAGUAUUUAGUGUUUUGUAUAAUGAGGGAUUUUAAAUGUGCAAGUGCCUUAUUGCGUGAAACAAAUGAAAGGUGUUCGUACCCCUCAGCAGAGCAAUAUGGGAAUUCCUGUUCUGCAGUUACACUCAGCCAAAGUAAUGAGUAUUGCUUUGCUCAGAAGGUUGAUAAAUGUUAUAUUAGGGAAGAAGUUAACCUAUCAUAAAAGUAAUAUGGCACGCUUAUUUUAAUUCUCAUUAUCUCAUUUCUGUGGGUUUUUUUUAACUUGCUCUUUGCCCCCAUCUCUUUCUCUGACUCCCUUCCUUCAGACUUCAGUAGAAAUGCAUCUUAAGUUGUUGUUAGAGUAAGUUUGGCUCCUUGAGCAUAAGAAGCCAUGAGUUUUCAACCACUGAAAGAAGAGCAGCCUUUUGGAGAAGAGAAUUCAGCCAAAGUUCAGUUGGAGCAUAGCCUGUUGCGGCUGUACCUGCCACCUUGGGGGCUCAGUUGUGCCUUGUUCGCACUGAUUGUUGGAGGUGGAAGCACCAAGGAGGAUGGCACAUGGAGGUGCACUGUAACCAGGCUGGGACUUCAGAUGGGUUGAGAGCAUUUCAGUGUUAUCCAACUGGAACUAGCGUACCCUGUUAAUACGAGUUGGCAGCUCCUCUGGGGUGGGUAUCUGGGUGGACGAAACCAUCAAUCGAGAUGGUGGCGCGGCUCUGGGAUCUCUGCCCUGCCCUUCACUGCAGGUUGGGAGGUGUGAUCUGGAAGAGUAUUUUGCCAUCUUCUGAUAGCUUCAAAAUGGGUGUUGUGGGAUUUAUUUCUUCUUACUUGUAGAAUUUCACCCUUUAUGUUCCAGACUUACUAAAGGACCUGUUUGUUCUUACUAACAGUGAAGCCACUAUUGUCCAGCUAUUACUGAAGCCAGGAAUAAGCUUCUUUUCUGAAAUUGCCUUGAAUUUCAUGAGCUUAUUAUAGCAAUUAUCUGGGAAAAAAAAAAAAAAAAAGUAUAAAAGCUAAUUAUCAGAAAGAAAUUGAGUUAAUGGGAGGUAAGAAGAAAAAAUAUGAUUAGAAGGUCUAUUUUUUAUAGAUUCAUAAGAUGGUUUUAAUUUGUUCAAUUUCUUCCACUGAGAAUUUGUAAAAGAAAGACUGAAAAAUUAAGAUGAGCAUCUCUUUGAACCUUUUAUUUUCCUGAAAUUCUUGAGUUUCUCAAAACUGUAGAGGAGCUUUUUUUCCACUGGAGUAACUAAUUGGUAAUAUAGAUGCCACAGUGUUACUGUGAACACUGCUGUGACUGUUUAGUCAGGAUUCAGCUUGCAUAUCUGAAGGUUUUGGUGGUAGGAAAUUUGAUUUAGAGCCAUACUGCAAUAAAACUAUAAGUGAAUUAUCACAUGACUUCUAUUUCAGCAUUAUCUCAAAAUUUUAGGCAUUAAAAUUUUGAUCCUGCUGUAAUGCAUUAAAUAGAAGAUGCCAUGUAUCAAAAUACUCCUUCAACUUUAUGAGUUACUGUUUAUUUUUACUUGUUAUUUCCUUAAAUUAAUUUUUUCUCUCCUAGAACCAGCAGACACAUAACUGAAAUGCUGAUAAGAUUUCCCCGUUAUCUUUGUCUUGCAUUUAGCUGAUAUUAUACUUUCUGUUGCCUAGUAUUGCAACAAUGGUCUUCAUGCUCUUAUAACUUGAUGAAAAUAUCCAGUAGUCUUGGGCAAUAUUUUGCAAAUAAUUCAUCUUCAAGUUGGUAUUUUAAAUGUAUACCAAUAAUCAUUGUUGAGUAUGCUGCCUAUGUGGCUGCUUUAGUUCAUGUCAAUGUUUUGUAAGGAUUAUUUCUUGCUACCCUCUUCAGAGUGCCUUUUCAUUUAGAAGAUAUAGAAGAUGGUUCAUUGAAGUCUUCUGUUGAAUCUACCAUAGUAGUGUCUGAUCUUCAAACUUGUCCCGUUGAAUGUAUAACUAAAAUCUUGUUCUUUAAAAAGCUGUAGUAGACACAGGUUGUAUAUGCACAUGUACAUGCGUGGAUACAAGGGAGGGUGUUCUGCCAAUGUCCUGCUGGACAGGACCUUUCGAAAGUAAGUGAAUUUUUUAACAGUUUUAUUUUCAAGAUGUUACCUCACUAGUAUUCAGUAGUAGAUAUGUCUCUGUAUUGCUUCACUUUGCUAAAUACAAUCACGGUAGGCAUUUUGAUUUUUAAAAGACUCUGCAAUGAAUCUGAUGUUCGUACGAGACUGAAUUUCGUAAGACAAAACUUACGGUACUUUGUUUCCUUUAAAGGCAUUCCUUUCACUUACACUGACAUCCCAAGCCCCUGUUAGCAACAGACUGAAAAAGUGCUUCCCCAUGAUGAAUUGGAAGAACGUAAAGUAGCAUUUGAAUGCACUCCACCCAUCUUAGAAUCAAUAUACAGAAACAGGGGCGGGAGGCAGCGGAUUUGAUUAAUUGUGGGGAGAUAUACAUUGUAGAGUUCAUUCACUUGCACAUAAGGGGUUUUACAAUGUCAUCUAGUAAUGUCUACCUAAUAAAGUUUUGAAAAAGAAAAAUUAAA